CCGAAUUUCCUGGCUGACACCAUGAGAGGACCAGGGUUACUUAGCUGCUUCUUUGCAGCCCUUUUCCUGACUGCACAUGCAGAAUUUCAAGUCACUUCCCCGGACGGCCCUGAAGAUCCAGGAAGCUUCGCCGAUGGCCAGCCAGCUGCCGUGGAUUCUGGCUUGGAUGAAAAGUCACUGCAUGUUGAGCAGAUUCCGAAUCUGCUGGUGUCCUACACAGAGGGCCUGGAGGCUGAGACACAAGACCUGAAGCCGCAAAACUGCAAUUCUGAGGUUAGGGACGAGAUAAAAAUUGAGACUGAGACCUUGAAGAAUGAUGGGCAAGACGAAUGCAACAAAUCUUGGGUUUUACCUCCUAGUGAACAUACAACAAACAUUAUUGAUGAAGUAGAUGAUUCAAGUAAAGAGGAUGACAGUACACAGGAGGGGGACUCAAUCAUUGUUGAAACUCUGGAGGUUGAGGAGCCUGACAUUAUAGAAGAUGAAGACAUACAAGCCACCGAAGAGUCAACUCAGAGUGAAAAAGUAGAAAGCAUACCUUCAACUGAGGAGACACUAACUGAAAAGGCUGAGUAUGACAAAGGUGAUGAUGAUUUGGUUUUUAGGCAAGAGGAGAGUGAUUCUGGCAUGGAAGAAGCUGGAAGUUUACUAGAAUCCAAACAAAGUCUGGCAACCGGAGAUGAAUCAGAACAAAUUGCAUCGGAAGAAGAAACAUCAAAUGAAGUUGAGGAUAAACUUGAUCAUGAAACAGAUGACAAAGACUCGGGAGAUGACAUUGUUGAUCUUCAACUGGAAGACAGUGAUGCCCACACUUCUGAAAGAAGCACUGAAAAUAUUCUUGAAACAGAUACAGACAACUUAAAGUCUAGCAAUGAUGAGUCAACAAAUGAGCAUGAGACUGGAGAUGUUGUAGAAGAGAUAUCUGAGCAAGAAACAAAAAGUGAAGAGUUGCAGGAGCUUCAUGAACCUUCUGGAGACUCAAAUGAACUGGAAACAUCUGAGACAGAGAAUGUCAACCAAGAGGAUUUGAAAGAGUACACUAAUUCUGAAGAGCUUUCAACAAUAGUAGUGCCACUGAAUGAAAACAUUGCUGAGCAGCCAUAUGAAGAAGACACAGAAGCAGGCAAUAAAAAGGAAGCAGAAGAAGAGCCGAAAGAAGAAACCAUUGGGGAUGUAGAAAGGGAAGACAUUCCAGAAGAAGAUGAAGAGAAACCCGAAGAGCAGCCAACCAAUGAGGACAUCGUUGCAGAAGAAGAAUCAGAGCAAAUUGCUGAAAGCAAAUCAAGUACAGAUGACUCCGUGGAGGAUCAAACUUCGGAAACUCUGCCAGUAGAUCAAGUGAUAACAGUCCAGGAUUCCAUAGAACAGGAAAGUGACAAUGAAGGAACGAGCUCUGAUGAAGAUGAGGCUACAACCACUGAUCAAAGGAUUACCAAUAAACAAACAAAAGAGCUAAAAGAGGACACAGAGGAAUCUGAAGACUUUGUAAGGAGGGAACGAGGCCACAUAGACAGCACAUUGAAACUUACAGAGGAGAAGCCAAUAGAUGACUACUCAGCGGCAUUGCAGCGGCUGAGGAAGAUUUACCACUCGGCCAUCAAACCCAUGGAGCUGUCUUAUAAGUACAAUGAGCUGAGACAGCACGAAAUUACAGCCUACCACGGACGUACCCUUGCUGACUCGGCCACAGAUGGAGAGAUUACAUCUAAGCCAAUGGUGUUAUUUUUGGGACCUUGGAGUGUUGGCAAAUCCACUAUGAUCAACUACCUCUUGGGGCUAGAUGAAUCCCCUUAUCAGUUGUACACAGGUGCUGAGCCCACCACUUCCGAAUUCACAGUCCUGAUGCAUGGGCCAAAAGUGAAGACCAUUGAGGGCAUUGUGAUGGCUGCUGACAGUGGCCGCUCUUUUUCACCACUGGAAAAAUUUGGACAAAACUUUCUGGAAAAACUCAUUGGGAUUGAGUUCCCCCAUAAGCUGCUAGAGAGAGUUACGUUUGUGGACACCCCUGGCAUCAUUGAGAAUCGCAAGCAGCAGGAAAGAGGUUAUCCAUUCAAUGAUGUCUGCCAGUGGUUCAUUGAUCGUGCUGACCUGAUCUUUGUGGUGUUUGAUCCAACCAAGCUGGAUGUAGGUCUUGAACUAGAGAUGCUUUUCCGGCAACUGAAAGGUCGAGAGUCUCAAAUCCGUAUCAUCCUGAAUAAGGCUGACAGCUUGGCCACCCAAGAACUGAUGAGGGUAUAUGGAGCCCUCUUUUGGAGCUUGGCUCCCCUGAUUAAUGUGACAGAGCCCCCAAGGGUAUAUGUUAGCUCCUUCUGGCCUGAAGACUACCAUCCUGAGACACACAGAGAACUCUUCCUCAAAGAAGAGAUCUCCCUACUAGAAGAUCUUAACCAGGUCAUUGAGAACCGUCUUGAAAACAAGAUUGCCUUCAUCCGCCAGCAUGCUAUCAGGGUGAGGAUCCAUGCUCUGCUGGUGGAUCGGUACCUGCAGACUUACAAAGAAAAGAUGACUUUCUUCAGUGAUGGAGAGCUGGUAUUUAAGGACAUUGUGGAUGACCCUGACAAGUUCUUCAUUUUCAAGUCCAUCUUGGCUAAGACCAAUGUCAGCAAGUUUGACCUACCCAACAAAGAGGCUUAUAAAGAUUUCUUUGGCGUAAAUCCAAUUACAAGCUUCAAGCUGCUGUCCCAACAGUGUUCCUACAUGGGAGGCUGCCUCAUAGAGAAGAUUGAGAGAGCCAUCUCCAAUGAGCUCCCUGAUCUGCUUGGCAGUAUCGGCCUGGGUAAAAAGCCAGGUGCUCUCAACUGUGAUGCAACUGGCUGCGGAGAAGCACCAAAAAAUCGUUAUAAAAAACACUAAUUCAACUCUGUCUUCAUCCCUCUUAUAUUUCCAGAAAAUUUUAAAAAAGAAAACACAGUGUUUCAGAUCCAUAAAAAAGGUCCUGUGAUCUUUUGGUGACUGAACUUAUCUGCUCUAGAAAACCUUGCAGACCCCAUCCUUUCUACAAUGUGUCCUUGACGCAUGUCACAAAGAUCCUUGUAUACGUUCUCUUCGGUGCUGAAGGGAUCAAUGUGUCUCGUUACCCUGGUGCUGACGGAAUCAAAGGAAAAGUUAGUGGAAUCUACUGGAAACUUGAAACUUUCAGAGAGGCUGCAGUGACCCAGUAAGAUUCCUCUCAUCUCAUGGCACCAUCCAUUCUCUGAUUAAAAAGAGGGGGGAAUGUGAUUGUUUUUCUUUGUCUUACUAACACUAUGAGAUAGAUGGCUUAGUGUGGAGCUCACUGCAGACUCUCUGAUAUCUUCAGUAUAAGUCUAAUUCAAGAAGGCAACACUUUUAUAUGUGAACACUUCACUAUGGUAGAUCCAUGCAGUCUCUGUGGCUUAUCUGGCAUUCCAUGCCUGUAGAAAAUCAAGUUAUCACCAAUAUUUAAUUACAAUUAGGAUCAUUUUGCAUUUGACAAUCUAAUCCGUUAUAUUUUCUUUGUUUUAAUUCAAAUUCUUUGAAGAAUCUGGGUUAUUCUUUUACAAACACAAAAUGUAAUAGGUUGUAACACUACAACACAGGUUUCUGACACAUGGUACAUAAAUGGUAUAAUUGUUUAGUACAGACAUAUAGUUUUACGUAGAGAAACACAAAUACUCUUUUGACCACAAGGCUGCUUUAUUUACUUUGUUUUAUGUUAAUGUAUUUAUUUUUCUGUGAGUGUGAAACCACUGCCAAUCACAACUUGCAAUUAAAGAAGUAAUACAGUUUGAAUACACAAGCUAAACAAAGGUCUUCUCGUUGUAUUGUCCAGUAUUUACCACAUAGCCCAUCAGGGUAAAUAUUGAGCUCACCCCUCAUAACUGAUCAAAUUAGAACUCACCACAUUCACGAUGGUGGCAGAAGUGGGAUCGCAACAUCUCAGCGACACACAGAAGGGUGAUAACUUUCAGUGACCAUAUGGUUACAGUAUUGCAAGACUGAUACACAAAAGCAGAUUUUGUUUAAAUUUGAUUUGAGCAAGAUAAAUUAAGAAAGGAAAACACUGCUGUAGAAAUAAGUGAUAUUUAAUGUGAUUGGCUACAAUCUCAGCUAAAAAAUCCUGAUUUUAACAAUGCCACAGCAGAGCCAUAUUGCCUAAAAACCAUCAUGUUUAGAGACAGGCUGAAUGCUAAAAUGCCUCGAUGCCCUUGUGUGAUGUUACACUUCACAGAGGGUCACACGGCCAUAACACUAUUAAAAGCACCUUUCAGAUGUAUUAUUAGAAUACAGAUACUUAUAUAUGUGCCAUGUCACUAGUAAGGUAAGGUUCUGCACAAGGUCCCAAUGCCAACACAGUAGAGUAUGGAGACUCUUUAAAAGAUAACUUGUAUCGACAGGGAGGUAUGUGAUUUCAUCAAUUUCAUCAUUUGGCCAGGGAAGAGCACCUUCAAAAAAAUACAGUUUUUGAAGUAAAUUAAAAUAGAAAUUAGCCUAAAAAGGCAGUGGAUUGUCUCUCCGCAGUACCUAAACAUCAAAAUAAUGCCUUAAUACUGGAGUUUGUUUUACAAAGGGUGAAUUGUGCCUUAACCAUUUAGAAUGCUGGGUGGACAGUAGACAUAAGAAAGGUUUACCGGAGAUAUGUUGAACGGAGAUGGAAACGAGGGAUUAGAAGAUGGGUAAGGAUUAGAGGAAGUGGGCGGAAAUAUCUUAUUGUUACAAUUAAGUGUGGUUGUCGUAGGUUUAAUUAUCCCUCCUAAUGCAGGGCUGGUUAAUGGCUAAAACUCCACUAAGCAUCCAAGGAGUUGCAGUCCAGCAGCAGGCCUCUGUGGUCUUAAAGGAAUACUGUCAUGAUUUUUUUUUUACUUCUAUUUAAAAUAAACUAUUACAUCUAUUAUAGCCUCUGUGACUGUGUGUAUUAUUUUGUUAAGUUGAUAUCACUUUUUAUGAAAUUUCUGGCUUACUCUUGCUUUAUGGGAGCGGCCAUCUUUCAAUCAUCCUUUGGUCAUUAUGAUCUUAGCAGAUAAGUGUUUUUUCACAACUACAGAUGGUUAUAUAUAUAUAUAGCAACCCCAGGUAGCAAGGGUAGUCACGGAUAUUCACUGAAAAUAAUUAGCUUUUAAUUAGUAUUCAAUAGAAAACAUCUCGCUUCCCCCUCCCCCCCCCC